AUGUCAGUGAUACAAGACCCAAGUUUUCAGGAGAAAAAAGAUGGUGAUAUUUGGGAUUCAUGCUCAAGCGAUGACGCCACCCCAUAUAUACUACGGCGAGGUGGAGUUUUCUCUCCACGGCCGACACAAUUCAUCCGAUAUGACCUCAAGUCGGAAGUGGCGCGGAUGAAGAACGACCGAAGAAAGAGAGACUUUGUGUCGUGGCUCAAAGCACUCCAGCGUGGAUCUGCGACGAAAAAGAUGAUGGUGUGUGGGAAAAAGUCAUCGGAGGUGGUCUCCAAAUGGUUGAAAGACUGUGGUAUUCCUUUUAAGGAAAUGGAUUUGGAUGAUGUUGUUAAAAUAAAAUCAAAUUUAGGGAACGAUGAAAAUGUGUAUUUAGUGUAUGUCCAGCGGAUUGACUGGUUGCUUGACAAGAGCGCAUGGCUCGAAAAAUCGAAAGCGAAAAGGGUUGUAUUUUGCUGCGAGUCCACACAGAGGUGUCCGAAAAACAGGGGGCAUUGGUUUGUCAAGAUGGUGAAGAAGAUUGUGUUGGUCUGA